AUGGUCGCCAUCAAGCAUCUGCUCGCGGCAGUGGCCGUAGUCCCGUUGUGCGUUGCCGCGCCUACGACUUCCAGUCAUGUCCUCCACGAACAGCGGAGAUCCCACGAUAGAGUCUGGAAGAGAUCUAGCCGACUCGAUGGCUCUGCAGUCCUGCCGAUGCGAAUUGGCCUCACCCAGAGCAAUCUCGAGAAGGGACCAGAGCUUCUGAGGGAGGUCUCACAUCCCAGCUCUCCCAGAUAUGGCCAAUACUUGACAGCGAGUGAGAUUCAUGAGCUGUUUGCCCCAGCUGAAGAGGCUGUCAACUCUGUCAAAGAAUGGAUCGCAUCUUUUGGCGUUGAGCCGUCUCGCAUCAUACACUCGGACAACAAGGGAUGGCUUGCAUUUGAUGCCUCGGCAAGUGAGGUCGAGGCCAUGUUUGACACUGAGUUUUAUGAAUACAGCCACGACGAGACUGGAAAGCUUCGUGUCGGAUGCGAUGAGUACUCUGUCCCCGAGCAUUUGCUCCCACACAUUGAUUUUAUCAAACCUGGAGUCAAGAUGAUGCCAGUAACGAAGAGAAAUGUGCCCAGCCCAGGACACAAGAAGAGAUUCAGCCGCGGACCCAAAAAGCCAGCUGGGCGCGUCUCGCUCAAGGAGAGCCCCUUUGGCAGCUGGGACUUCAAGGCGGCAGCCGCACAGACACUUCCAGAUGACCUACAGGGUUGUGGACAGAAUAUCACUCCACCAUGCUACCGGGCUCUCUAUGAUAUCCCGAUUCCUGAUGGCGCUGUACCCGGACUGGGUGUUGGUGUUUACGAGCAAGGUGACUACUUUGCAAAGGGCGACUUGGACGAGUCGUAUGCCGCAUACGCUCCCUGGGUGCCCGAGGGGACUUACCCGAUCCCAGCUCUUGUUGAUGGAGCUCAGUACGACUUUCCGCAAAACGCUACUGACUGGGUUGGUGGAGAAGCUAACCUUGAUAUCUUCAUUGCCCAAGCUCUGACAUAUCCUCAAAAUGUUACGCUUUACCAAGUCGAUGACCAGAUUUACGAGCCCGAAGAAGUUGCCACUACUAAUUUGUUCAACACGUUCCUUGACGCUCUUGAUGGAUCAUAUUGCAACUACUCAGCCUAUGGUGAGACUGGAGACGAUCCAGAUAUUGACGCCGUCUACCCUAACCCAGAUCCUGCUGGCUACCAAGGCGAGCGUCAAUGCGGUGUCUAUGAGCCUACCCCUGUAAUCAGCAUUUCGUACGGCCAGGCAGAGGCCGAUCUGCCCAUCAACUACACAAAGCGACAAUGCGACGAAUUCAUGAAGCUUGGUCUUCAGGGUGUCUCCAUCUUUGUGUCCUCGGGAGACUAUGGCGUGGCUUCUUUCCCUGGUGAUGGCUCCGACAAUGGCUGCCUCGGGCCCGAGUCGACCAUUUUCAACUCUCAGUAUCCCAACGGCUGUCCAUACCUCACCUCGGUCGGAGGCACCAUGAUCUACCCUGACCAGACUGUGCUGGACCCCGAGAGUGUCCUUCAGGUUGCCUUGUCAGGCGCGCCAAACUUUAGCUCUGCCGGUGGUUUUUCCAUCUACUUUGAGACUGCAGACUACCAAAAGUCCGCCGUGCAAUUUUACUUUGACAACUAUGAUCCGUCUUACCCCUAUUUUGAAGAGUUUGACCCGGACUUUGACACGGUCGAGGGCUUGUACAAUAGGAUCGGUAGGGCAGGUCCCGAUGUGUCGGCAAAUGGUGCAAACUUGCAGGUAUACACCAACGGGGAGCAGUAUCACUUUUACGGCACGAGUCUGUCAGCACCAGUCUUUGCUUCAGUCAUCGCCCUGAUUAAUGAGGAGCGUGCCAACGCCGGCAAGGGCACCGUGGGUUUUGUCAACCCGGUGCUGUACGAGAACCCCGAUGUCUUGAAUGACAUUACCAACGGUACCAACCUCGGAUGUGGAAGCGACGGGUUCCAAGCCGUCCCAGGAUGGGAUCCUGUCACUGGCUUGGGUACACCUAACUACCCAAAGAUGAGAGAUCUGUUCCUUUCUCUUCCAUAA